AUGUGGGUAGCCGCGCGGCUUUUCCCGUGGUGCGACCACCCGUCAGACUGCUUCGACUUCGGCGCCGAGCUGGCCGCCAGCGUUGAUCGCCGCGUGGACCCAUGCGACAACUUCUACGACCACGUGUGCGGAUCGUGGAACAGCAGCCACGGCACCGCCAGGAAUCAGUUCGAACUGCUCGCGUCGCGCACCAGGUUGCGCCUGUUCCAAGAACUGGAGAAGAGCCCCAACAGCUCGUCGUUCACGUCCGGCUCCCGGGUGAUGGCCGGAUACCAGAGCUGCCUUGCCGUGAUGGGUGAAAAACAGGAAAACACAGACGCCCUGCACGACCUGCUCGCCGAGUUCAACCUUGCGUGGCCCUCUCUCGACCCACCGCGAAUGGAAUUCGACUUUCUGCGCUUCCUUUUGGGCCUCGGGCUUCGGCUUAAGAAUCAGUACCACAGUCGCCUGCUCCCACGAGACCGAAACUUUGCCUUCCUCCCAUACCUUGUUGAUUUACUUGCAAUCGCGCUAACGGACCGGUCGGCCAGGUUCCUCAAGAGCCGAUACGACAUCCACCCGCUGGUCAAGAUCACUCUGGAGCCGUACCUGCUCACCGACGAGGGUUACUCGCUGGCCGUGGCCGACGCCGAUCGUCGGCCGUGGCGCGUAGCGGACACCGACGUGCGGCCAGACUGCCUGCGUGUGUUCGGCGGCGUCGAGGACCCGAACGUACUAAUGGAGCGGAUGGCGCGCGUCGGCACCGACAUUCGGGCACUCGAAGCGGUCUCGCAGGCCCGACACCCGUACUCGCCGCGCUAUUACGAGUUUAGCCAGCUCUACGCGCUCACGCAUCACCGCGUCAACGUGACCACCUGGCUGGACGCCUUCAACAGCUACCUGGCGCCAGACGCGCAGGUUGGCCCUAGUGACGUCUUCUUUGCGUACAGCGAGAGCCCGCUCUUCCUUCUGUGGAACGUGAUGUCCCGCUACGAAAACUCUAUGUCCGACCUGAUGUUGUUCUUGGGCUGGAAGGUUGUCAUGAACGAGGCGUACGCCUUCUCCGCAACGCUGUCCGACUGUUCCAAGAAGUUACUCUUCCGAGACUCUCCCGUGCUGAGCGCCAAGAUCUGCGUUUCCGCGAUGCUGCAGCUGGCCCCGGCUGCCAUGGGCCACUUGCUUCUCAGGGCCAUCGGGCGUAUGGACAUGGUGAAGCAGGCUGCCGCGCUCACCGAGCACAUCCGCAACGCCUCCGUGCGCUCCUUCCGAAGCCUCGCCUGGAUGGACGCGAACACUUCAAAGGCGAAUGUGGCCGGGGUUGUGAGUGGACUGUAG